GACGCGAGCGGAUCUGCUGAAUGUCUUCUUCCUCGUAACGAUGAUCUCUUCUGCGUUUUAGAAGUUCAAAAGCUCCGACACAGUGAGGUACUUUCUUGUUGUUGUUUUUUCUUUCCUUAUUUUUCCUCCAGACUCUCAGUUCGGACGAAAACAAUGGGACUGUGGAUUUUUUGGAGAUUUUGUCUGCUGGUUUUUGUGCUGCUGAACCCCUUUCAUUAUAAAUUUCUGGCACACGCGGAAAUAAGUUCUCCAAGAACCACCAGCAGAGCGCAUCACCUGGAUGUAACCACGCCGGAGGUACGCGCAAACCAAAAGUCAAGAGAGAAAAUCCCAUCCCAGUUCGAUAGUAGUACUAAAGUUUUUGAAAAGGAAUCUGUCGAUGUCGGGGCUUUGACUCAAAACAAUGAGAUGAAUACUGGAAAUGGCGCACAAAGUGUUCUUGGAAAUUACGCACCGAUCGGCACCAGAACGACACCUAUGCGUGCCAAAAUAAGUCAGAAAAAGUAUGGUAACAAUUUCGAAGACCUGCAAAGGGGAGGCACCACCAAUGUUUUGUUAAAAAACACAUUUUAUGAUACAAUAAUGAGAAAAACUCGGAGUGUGGGCGCAACAUAUGGCGAAAUGUUGGAUAGGGGUGCGAUCGGAGACGCGCACGGCUUUGUGGACAAUGUCAGGAGUGUUUCCAACUCCAGAGUCGAGUAUCGGCGCACCGGCGAGGAAGCCAGAGGGUCUAACGCGAGGCAAAGUGAGCCCCACCUGGACACUUCGACUUUUGCUCUAUCAGGAGACUCUGCGCACAACCAGGCGAUGGUGCACUGGUCCGGACACAACAGUAGCGUGAUCCUGAUCUUGACGAAGCUGUAUGACUUCAACCUGGGGGCGGUAACUGAGAGCUCUCUCUGGAGAUCUGCUGAUUAUGGAAGCACCUACGUCAAACUCAAUGACAAAUUGGGCUCAAGGACAGUUUUAAGUUACUUGUACGUCUGCCUCACCAACAAACAGAAGAUAAUGAUGCUUAGUGACCCAGAGGUAGAGAGCGCUGUUCUCAUCAGCUCGGAUGAAGGGGCAAGCUUUGAGAAGCAUCUCAUUAACUUCAACGUCCAGAGUCUGCUCUUCCACCCCACACAGGAGAACUGGAUCCUGGCUUACAGUCAUGAUAGCAAGCUGUACAGCUCGAUGGACUUUGGGAAGAAAUGGCAGCUUGUUCACGACAACGUGAUGCCAGGGCGAUUCUACUGGGCAGCAAUAGGGCUGGACAAAGACUCUGACGUGGUCCACAUCGAGACGCGCAUCGCAAAAGGCCGCGCUCUGUAUGUAAAGUGCAGAGCCCAUCGAUGUACAGAAACUAACAGACAGUACCUCUUUCCUGGACAUAUAGACACCAACUCCCUGGUUGUACAGGACGAAUACGUUUUCACACAGGUAACCAAGUCUGGACGAACCAGCUACUUUGUGUCUUACAUGAGAGAGUCCUUCAAGCAAAUGCAAUUACCGAAAUACUGCCUACCAAAGGACAUGCACAUCAUCAGUACAGAUGAGAAGCAGGUGUUUGCUGCAGUCCAGGAGUGGAAUCAGAACAUGACUUACAAUCUGUAUAUCUCAGACUCCCCCGGGGUCUACUUUACUCUUUCGUUGGAGAAUCUGAGGACCAGCAGAGGACCAGCAGGGAACCUUCUGGUUGACUUCUAUAAGGUUGAGGGGAUAAAUGGCAUGUAUCUUGCCAACAAAGUGGUGGAUCAUCAAGUGAAGACAUUCAUCACAUACAACAAGGGACAGUCAUGGGCUCUGCUGCCGCCUCCGACCACCGAUGUGGCUGGAAAUAACCUCCACUGCAUUGUGCCGUUCUGUUCCUUGCAUCUUCACUUGGAAAUGUCUGAGAACCCUUACACAUCUGGACCCAUCACCAGUAAAAAGUCUGUACCAGGAAUCAUUGUGGCUACAGGGAACAUCGGAAGAGAACUGUCCUCUGCCAACCUUGGAAUGUUUAUAACAUCUGAUGCAGGGAAUAGCUGGAGACAGAUUUUUGACGAAGAGUACAACAUAUGGUUUCUCGACAAUGGAGGGGCUCUGCUGGCGGUUCUGCACGCGGCGACACCUAUUCGACACUUAUGGAUCAGCCUCGAUGAAGGGAAGAAAUGGGACCGCCACAGUUUCUCCUUGGCGCCUCUAUAUGUGGAUGGAGUUUUAAUGGAUCCAGACUCUGAAAAUCACAUUAUCACUUUCUUUGGACACUCAAGCCACCGUUCAGAAUGGCAGCUGAUCAAAAUUGAUUACAAGGGCAUCUUUAAUAGGCGAUGCAUGGAUGGAGAUUACCAGACGUGGCACCUGCACAACAAGGGAGAGUCGUGUGUGAUGGGUGAGAAACAGAUUUAUAUGAAGCGCAGACCUGGCAAGAGUUGCAUGCUGGCACAAGGCUAUUCCAGGAUCUAUUCCUCAGAGCCGUGCCAGUGCACAGCCUUUGAUUUCGAAUGUGACUACGGGUGGGAACGCCAGACGGAUGGGAAGUGCUCCCCUGCUUUCUGGUUUAAUCCAAACAGCGCCGCUAAGAGCUGCAGCACCAGCCAAAGUUUCCUGAACAGCACGGGGUAUCGUAAGGUUUUGGCCAAUAACUGUAAGGAGGGAGGGAGGAAUGUGUACUCCCCCAGGAGACAGGUCUGCCACCCCCGACCACCCCGAGGCCUCCGCCUGUCCACCAGCCACGGAGAUCUCAGCGCCGCCGUUGGAAGCAACGUCACUUUCACGGUCUACCUUGACAACGGAGACUCGCCGAGAACCAGCAUCCAGCUCGACUUCGGGGACGGCAUCAAGAUCAUGUAUUCCAACGUGAGCCGGAGUGACGACGGCAUCAAGCACGUCUACAGAAUGACUGGGAUUUACCGAGUGGCGGCUUACGCCGAAAACAACCAGGGCUCUGACAGCAGCGCACUGUUUCUACACAUCACCAGUCCAGUGGAGCGUAUAUAUCUGUCAGCCCCUAUUGUAGCCAUUCGGGGAAAGGAGGCUAAUCUCACUGCGGCGGUUUGGCCGAGUCACACCAGAACACUGACCUUCUUCUGGUGGUUUGACAACAACUCUGAGCCUAUUAUAAGCUUGGAGGGAAGCAUCACAUACAGGUUUCAGAGAGAGGGCAAAAACAAGGUCACGGUCCAAGUUGCCUGUGGGAACACCAUCAUGCAGGAUUCAAAAGUUAUAACUGUUAAAGAGUUCUUCAGGUCACUGCUGUUGUCGUUCUCGCCAGCUCUUGACGAGCACAACCCUGACAUCUCGGAGUGGAGGGAAGACGUGGGCCGUGUGGUUCGGACAGCUCUCUCACAGAUGUCCGGGGUCCCUGAGGAACAGCUGCUGGUGUCUCUGUACCCAGGUCUUCCAACGAGCGCAGAGCUCUUCAUCCUGCCUGACAAGCACACAGCAAGUGAUCACAAGAGAAGGAACGAGGAGCUGCAGGCGCUGUCUGAUAUUUUUGCCACGGUCCUGAACCAAGGCCUCAUCCAAUUUGAACUGAAAGCCGAUAUUCACAUUAUUGUGUACAUCACUCAGCAAACUCUGGCACCACUGGUGGAUUCGAACGCCAUCCACAGUGGGUCGGCCAUGCUGUUGCUGCUCACUGUAGUGUUUGUCGGUUUGACAGCGUUCUUCAUCUAUAAGUUCAAAAGGAAAAUCCCUCCCAUCCAUGUCCAGACUGAAGACAGCCAUGAGAAGGAUCCUGAAGUGAUCAGUACCGUGAGUCCGAGUGACAGCAUGUCCAAAGUCAAGCUCAGUGAGUUUCCUUCCCAGAAAGAACUCAUAGAAAAGGAGCUGGAAGCAAGGAGCAGAGGAGGAAUCGGAAGAAAUAUGGAAAGGAUUGUUACAAGGGAAUUUCCAAACUGUACUAAUGUCUAAGACUGAGUAGGUACCGACUGCUGUGUUUCGACUGUGCUCAGUUGUUUGCUUUGUUGCUUUUGUUUUAUGUCAUGGAUAGAAUAAAUAUCUGCUUUAUGGAGGUGGAUCUCCAGCCAGACUCUUUGGCCUCUACUUUCAGGGCGGUGAACUGCAACAGUCCAGAACUGCCGCUUCAGGUAGAGGUGUGAUGAUGCAUUGCUGUUUGAUAAUUCCCGCUACAAAAAUGAAACAAAUU